UCUCUCUCUCUCUCUCCCUUUAUCCAUUUUCUCCCAAUUUUAGGGUUUCUCUUUCUUCUUCCUCAAGCUUUUUCCCUCCCCCUUCCAUGCACGCUUCGCCAUUGUUCUCCUCCAACAGAAGACAAUCACUCCAUUCCCAAUCAUAAUGGUUCACGGCCUCGAUCUGAAUCUCCGCUUUCUUCAUGAGUUCCGCACCACGAUUCGACUCUAGUGGUGCUCACGGCGGCGGCAUCGGCGGUGGACACGCCACUCUUAUGGCCUCCGGUGCAAUUGCUCACCCACGUCUUGUUACUCAGUCUUCUUUCUCCAAAUCCAUGUUCUCUUCCCCUAGACUCUCUCUCGUUAAUAAUAAUAUUGAUGGUUUCGGCGCCGGGGAGAUGAUUUCGGCGGAUGCUGGUUUUGAGGAGAAUGUGAGGAGGAGGAGAAGAGAGGAAGAGGCCACGGACAGCAGAUCUGGUAGUGAUAACAUGGACGGCGGCGGCGGUUCUGGCGACGAUCUGGACGCCGCUGUCGGCGAUAAUCCUAGGAAGAAGAAACGGUACCACCGUCACACUCCGCAACAAAUCCAAGAACUCGAAGCUAUGUUCAAGGAGUGUCCUCAUCCUGAUGAGAAACAAAGAUUGGAGCUCAGUAGAAGACUGUCUUUAGAAAUAAAACAAGUUAAAUUCUGGUUUCAAAAUCGUCGAACUCAAAUGAAGACGCAACUGGAACGCCAUGAAAACACAUUACUAAGACACGAGAACGAGAAGCUCCGAACAGAGAACAUGGCGAUUCGAGAGGCGAUGAGAAGCCCAAUCUGCUCAAACUGCGGAGGACCGGCUAUCAUCGGAGAAAUCUCCUUAGAAGAACAGCAACUCCGAAUCGAAAACGCGCGAUUGAAGGACGAAUUGGACCGGGUGUGCGCUCUAGCCGGAAAAUUCGUGGGAAGGCCGGUUCCAGUAUCACCGCCAUUGGAGGAAUAUGGAGGUGGAAUGAUGAUGAUGGAGAGAUGCGUGUAUUUGGAAAUGGCGUUGGCGGCCAUGGAUGAGCUUGUGAAAAUGGCGAACGGGGAAGAACCACUGUGGAUUGGAGAAAAACUGAACGAAGAAGAAUAUUCGAGAAUGUUCAGCGGCGGUUGUUUUGGUGGUUUCGUUUCUGAAGCUUCCAGAGAAUCCGCUCUCCUCUUCCUCCACUCUUCUGCUCUCCUCGACACUCUAAUGGAGGCUAACCGGUGGGUGGAGAUGUUUCCGAACUUGAUUGCGACGGCGACCACCACCGACGUAAUCUCCGGCGGAAUGGGAGGAACCCGAAACGGCGCUCUUCAAUUGAUGCAUGCGGAGCUUCAAAUUCUGUCUCCCAUGGUUCCGGUGAGACAAUUAAAUUUCCUCCGCUUCUGCAAGCAGCAUGGGGAAGGCGUUUGGGCGGUUGUUGACGUCUCCAUCGAUCCCAUUACCGAUACUUCCUCUCCGCCGUGCCGGAGACUCCCCUCCGGCUGCCUCAUCCACGACAUGCCCAAUGGCUACUCCAAGGUUACUUGGGUUGAGCAUUCUGAAUACGAUGAAAGCCAAAUCCAUGAGCUGUACCGACCCCUCGUCCGCUCCGGCCUUGGGUUUGGCGCGCGACGGUGGAUCGCCACCCUCCAGCGCCAAUCUGAAGCCCUCGCCACCCUCCUCUCCUCCCCAUCUGACCAUUCCGGUAAAUAUUGGAGUUUUCUCUUUUUUUCCCUUUUUCGGUUGAGAGUUAUAAUGAAUUGUUUUGUUUAUAUAGGGAUAUCCGCCGACGGACGGCGGAACAUGGUGAAGCUAGCACAGCGGAUGACAGCAAAUUUCUGCACAGGAGUAUGCGCAUCAACGGUGUACAAAUGGAACAAGCUGAACACGGGCAAUAACAAUGUUGGAGAGGAUGUGAAAGUGAUGACAAGGAAGAGCGUGGAGGAUCCAGGGGAGCCGCCAGGGACGGUGCUGAGUGCAGCAACGUCGGUGUGGGUGGCGGCGACAGCAGAGAGAGUGUUUGAGUUUCUUCGUGAUGAGCGGCUGAGGAGCGAAUGGGACAUUCUGUCCAACGGCGGCCCCAUGCAGGAAAUGCUCCAUAUCCCCAAAGCCCAUCACCAUCACCAUGCCAACGCCGUCUCUCUCCUCCGUGCCACCUCUCUAAAUCCAAACCAGAGCAGUAUGCUGAUUCUGCAAGAGACCUGUUCCGAUUCAUCUGGGUCGCUUGUAGUGUACGCGCCGGUGGAUAUUCCGGCAAUGCAGGUGGUGAUGAACGGCGGAGACUCGGCCUACGUGGCUCUACUGCCGUCGGGGUUCGCGGUGGUACCGGCGGCGGAGGAUUGUGGCGGUGGGAGCCUGUUGACGGUGGCGUUUCAGAUAUUGGUGAACAGUUUACCGACGGAUAAGCUGACGGUGGAGUCGGUGGAGACAGUGAAUAAUCUGAUAUCGUGUACGGUGCAGAAAAUUAAAACCGCUCUCCGGUGUCACGAGCUUUCCACGUGACCGUCCAGAGUAUCACUUGGAUUUGGACCCGACGGAAACGGACUCUGCUACGGUUAGGAUUUUACCUUUCUGACCUUGAAGUUUGUGUAAGUUUUUCUUUUCCCCUAAAUUACAAAAACAAAAUCCCUAAAUUUUGACUUUUUAUUUUAAAAAAUAUUAUUAUUCUUUCAAAAUUAUUAUAUUAUUCUUAUACUUUGUCUAGACGUUUCAAAGCUAUUUACAAAGGAAUUCUUUGAAAUUUUGAACGAAAAUUUGGACGUAAAAUAGUGACCGAGUUCCAAUUUUCGUCUAAUAUCAAAGAAUUUCUACCCUAACAAUAGUUUUGAAAGUUUUACGAAGUGUGAAAGGAUAUUAUUGUCAAUUUUAAAAGAAUAAAAAUAUUUUUUUAAAUAAAAGACAAAGUUUAUGAUUUAGUUUGUAAUUUAGUUUUUUUUUUUUAAUUAAUUAAAUUGUUUAUUAUUAUUUAAGUGGUGGGUGUGGUGAGCAAAAUGUUGGGGUAGUAUUGAGUCAAGAACGAACAGCUAGUGCAUUGAGUUUGACUUAGUCAGCGGGUUCGGGUAUUGACUCGGGUCGACCCUCGUGUUGACUCAUUUCUCUCUAAUUAUGAAAUUCUUUUUUCUCAA